UUUUCGUCGCAUGACUCGUCGCUACUCGUCGCCAAUGAAGAAAGAUGAAGAAAGACCGGGUGAUGUCAGCAAGAAACUCGAGGUCCCUAUCUCGGGUUCCUCGCUGGAGCAGUGUGACUGCAGUGCCUGUUCUUGACGACGAAGCAGUGACUGACUAUCAAUAGCGAAGAGGAAGAAACACCAAGCUUCACUUCUAACCUGCGAAGUCGGGCAUGAAACGAAGAUAAACGUGAUCAAAAGGACUUCGUCGUCGUCCACUUCCGGUGCUGCACUGGACAUCCUGCCACUGUGUUGCUGCAGCCGAGCUCCGUCCAGUUCAUCCAUUGUGCCCAGAACUAUGACUUCUCUGCCAUCAAGUUCAAAUAAACACCCGGCUGGCCAGGCCCGCCCAGUCGAUAUUCUUCCGCAGGUCGCUGCACGAGAAGCUGCCGCUGCCCAAGCCACAGAUAGAAGAGCGAAGACGUUGGAACGAGAUAAGAGCCGUGCCGAACAAAGAAGAACUCCAAGGCAAACAGACGAGGAAAUAGCUGUGGUGCGGGAGGAAACAAGUAGAAUGCAGAAGUCCACUUCUUACGACCGGCAACCUCAAGGUGUUGACAAUAGAGAUGACCUGGGGUUGCCUGCUACUGCUUCAUCCACUUGGAAUUCAUCAAGCGUGUUGGCGGGCGCAGGGGUGUCUCAUGCGGCGAUGAUUUGUCAGAGCGGGAGCAAGAAUGCGCAGGAGCCUGGCAAAGAACAAAAAGCGAAAGCGUCGGAAAACAAGACUGACCCCAGCAGGACGAAAAGUUUGGGCAGUUUUUGCAUGCAGCGUGAUGCGGCUACACCAGCAAACUCUUGCAGCACCCGCUCCACACAAGGACGACCCGCGCUCGCACUAGUAGAGAAAGCCGAAGAGGAGCAUAGAAAAAACAGCGAAGCGAGACGCACUACACACAGCAGUGAACAAGCGGCAAAAAUUGAAACAGAAAUGGGGGUGGAAACAAGAAACAUAACCGAUGUUGAAGCAGAAAGAAUACCCAACGCCGAGCAGCGCUCCGCUACGUUCAAGUUUCUGACCACGGAUAAAGCGAACAAACACGGGAACAAUGCGGACAAACAGGAGCUGAAACCCUCUACUCUCGUCCGGGGUCCAGCAGCUACACCAGGUACAAAAACAAAAACAACAAUGAUACUCUGUAUCAAGAUGCUCAGGAUUUUUUUCCUCUCCCUCUUCUUCCUAUACCUCUUCGUAAAGUCCUAUGUGCUAUUCCUGCCCACAACAGUCCUGAACGGAGCGGGACAAAAUAAAACUGGGAAUGGCCCAGGAGUUACGUCGUCCGGUAACCUAGCAUUUCCAUCGAUCGCAACAAUCAUACCAUCAAUGCUGCAGUUUUUGGUUCAGAAGCCGAAAGUGUACUAUCGCAAAAGGGAAUUAGGAGAAGAAGGAGUUAAUCCUAGAUACAACGAAGAGCAGGUGAACGGGGACCACGACCACUUGAUCGACGAGAGCAAAACACGGAUACUGAAAGCAGGAGACAGCAAUUCCGCCGCCCAGCAGCACGCGCAAAACGGAGCUGUUAGUAGUGGCGCAACUUCCACCGCGAAUGAGCAAAGCGCCGACAUGUGUCCGUGCCCGGCGGCGACCUACCACUGGCACAUGCUCCGGAAACGGACGGCGCAGAGCUACGAGUGGCACGGCACGGGCAGGGUCCCGCUGUUCUACGCGAAUUUGGAUCGAAGUAAGGGGAGGAAAAUCCGGAUGGACUACGUGCUGGGUGGGGGGACCACCACGGCGUCGCUCAACGGUCAGCAGCAGAAUGGCGGUCUUACUGCGUCCACAUCUGGAACAUCAAGUAGUGUCGCAGGAGGAACAUCACCAGAAGCUGCAACAUCUUCACCAGUAGCGGAACAAAGCACUGCCGCAAACCAGAUUGAGCAGAUUCCCUCCUACGGCGCUGCGCCGGUGAUGCGCGUGCCGGGACUGGAUCAGAGAAAUUUGGAGAACUGGGUGCAACACAAUCUGUUCACCCCCGACGAUAUCCUGUGCAAAAGUAUCGUGCUCGCAGUAAUUGGAAUUGCUAUCAUGCAUUACUUCUAGGUAAAUCAGCAUUACAAAUUCCAUUCUUCUUCUUGAAAAAAUUUGUGAUGCAAUUUAUACUAGUACGAUACUUUUGCAAUGCAUAGACGAGUACCUCAACAAGUACUUCCGGUGCAACAUCCCCCGUCGCCCCGGCGAGUUUGGCGCCACCAUGUCGCACCUGAAGCAAGUCUGGGCGGCGUACGCCUGGUUCGUCGAGCGCUCCUUUCCGGCGAUGAAGGAAAAACUCCGGAAAGAGGUGGCGGACACGCUGGCGGAAAGCAGGCGCGCGGAGCAAGAGUCGGGACUCGCGAACUCCGACCAGCCGACCACACCCCCAUUUGAAGACAAUUCCAAUGUGGAUGACGAGAACCUGAUGAAAACAACCAAAGAGCGCGCGGCAACUCCAGAGCCGCUCGCGACGAAACUCCCAACAGUCGAUUUGGCGCACGAGCGCGGACCGCCAAAAGCGGAGGUCGGCAGUGGCGGGGCCGGCGCAGCAGCAGCAGGAGGUCUUCAACCAUCUUCGCCCACUUUAUCCGGGGAAGGUGUGGCAGGAGACGCUGGUGGUCAAGGUGCAGAAGGGGCCGGCGCGGGUGCUGCAGCUGCUAUGAUGUCCUCCGGUCGUACGACCACGGAGCCAGGCUCCUCAGAUGUGGGCGGCCCCCGACGUCGCUUAGAUGAAAAUAACGAGAAGCGAAAACUUGGGAGAGAUGAGCAACGGAAUUACCACUAUUACAACAAAAAACUCCCAACAACCUGGUGGUUCGACGAUCCCAAGUACCGCAACGCGCUCGGGGAGCUCGUCGACUGGACACUGCGUAUGGACGAUAAGGUGUUCUACGGGCAUCUGUCCCCCGAAGACCGCAAGUUCGCGGCGAUGUUUUUCGAGGACGACACCUCGACCGCGAGCCGGGACAUCGGGUGGGGAGAGAUCACGGUGACGGACUUUGCGGACGCGCUGGAUGUGUACGACGCCAAUUGGGAAACCCUGCGUCUAGGUUCCAACAACUGCGACGUGCCGUGGCACGUGAAUCUCGGCGCAAAAUUGCCCUUCUCCGAGUCGGUUUUCGCCAAGGAUAACAUCGAGUGCUUCGGCGCGACCUCCUACAUGGUCAGCGUCCGCGGGAUGCGCCGGCUGUUGAAGCAGUACCUGGUCUCGCAGCACGGCGUGGCCAUCGUGGGGCGGGAUUUGGAGCGCAAAAUGCGGCUGCUGGCCGAAAGCGAGAACAAGCCGAAGGCGCCCCAGAUCGGAGACAGCAGCGUAACUAUCACGGACGACACCGACGCGCCAUGGGAGGCUUGGUAUAAAGUUUUUUUCUGAGGUGCACAUUGAUUGCAAAAUUUUUCCAUUGUCAAACUCUUACUGCUUGCGCAUUUUUUGCUGCAAAAUUGUCGUCAUUAUCAUGAGUAUAAUAUUCUUCACGACACAGCCCUAGACCUAGCAACGGCUGACUGAAAUAUUAAACAGGGGUGAAGACAUGCUUGUGAUGCAGUACACAGAAGCGGAUUGCACCCGAGACGAAUUUUGGUGCCACGGGAACAUGUAUUGUCUGCAAGAAAAGCACCGGCACUAUUCGACGCCCGUGAAAGAAGUUUGCGCGGAGAAACUGCGGUCGCUCGAGCGGGAAGUCGCCGAUUACAAGGCCAGCUUGAAGAAUUUGACGCGUCUGGGCGUCCUGGACAGUGGCACAAAAAAGUCGCUCGAGAUGAAGAUCACGGUUGCCGACCGCGCGUACCACUGGAACGUGGACCAGUGCGAGCCAACGCGGCGCAAGAAGCAACAGCACUGGUUUUCGUGCGUGGACAAGGUGAUCCGGAAAGACCCGCGGGUCUUGCAGUUGAAGCACGACUACAAGUACAGCGUGCCGAAAUUCAACAUCACCAGCUUCGAGGGGAUUUACCCCGUCGCCGACAUCUUGAUGUUUCAAGAGGCGAUCAACAAGGAGCACGGGUACCGCUUGUUGCACAACUACAUCUUCGAGUCCAUCUUCGAGAUCGAGCCGGUUUUGUCCCACGGACACAUCCCGACCGCGUUGGAUGACCAAUUCGCCAAAGCCGGAACGAUUUCGACGCUGAAGGCGCGGGAGAUGGUCGUGAAUUGGAUGGUGGAUGUCGUAAUGGCGCAGGGAUUCAACGCCGGCACGGCAGCGGGUCUUCCGCAGGACCGAGCAGGUGGAGCGACAGGAAGUGCAACGGGGGCGACGACCGGCACGGCAGCUGGUGGCGCGCAAAAAAGCAGCACAAACCCGUUCGCUUUCAUUUCCAAAACAAAAUCCUCCACAUCAGACGCGAAUCAGCACAGCAAGAACCCGGUAGUUAACAUGACGGAGGUCCACACCACUAUCCAGGAGUGGAAGUGGCUCUUGAAGCGCGGCGCGCAAAAUCUGCACUGGGUCGGGCAAGAGCAAUGCGUGUACUACGUAAACCUUGACCGGUCAAAGCGGCGCCGGCGCCGCAUGCGGUUGCUGUUGGGAGACAAGGGGAAGCGGGUCCGCGCGCUCGACCAUUACGACAGUACACGGUGGGAACUUCUGUCCACUAUUCCUACUCCCGACGAGCUGGCCAACAAGAAACCCACCAGGCACAACCGGAUUGGCGAACACGCGCUGACGUUAAGUCACCUCUUCGCGGUGUGGAUCGGUUUUCUCGACUACGUCGCGCUCUGGCAGCAAACCCCGGGGGGCGGGGGACUCAUGGGCGGGGGAAUGAUGAGUGCGACCAGUGUGAACGAAAUCAAGCCGCGGCACUACGGGAAAAUGGUCAACGUGGUCGCUUCUGCGGACCAGCGAGCAGCGCCGUCGGCCGCCGAGGUGUACCGGAACGACGUGAAUGGAUUUGAGAAAAAGGCCAGUAAACCGGCGAAACAGGGGGUCGUUGGGAAACCGGGCGGGAAGGCACUUCUACGGGGGAAAGAAGGAGGGAAAAAGCGACGCGGUCUGCGGCAGUUGGAAGAAGAGCAAAAUCUUUCAAAACCCCAGCAGGGCGAUGAUAUUUUUGAGUUCGAGAAGAAGUUUGUGCCCAGCAAGCAAGAGCAGCAACAGAGGAAAGCCUGGAUGUCCACACUUGGUGAAAGAAUAUUCAACAAAACAAAUCACAACUCAACCGCAGCUGGUUCAUCUCUUGGUUCCAGAACAGCCGUUGUAGCACGGACACCUCGGAAUGAAGAUCCAUCUUUGAAAGCAGUUACCAGCAGUCAAAAAGCCUCCGGGCAACAUCUCAGGAAAAAGUACAGUCAAGCGGUAACCAGCGGCACGAAGAACGAUAAGGCGGCACACAACAGUACGGUUAACGCAACGACUUCCUCCCUGGUUCCGCAGGCUGUCUACCAGUACGUGAUGAAAAACAAAAAGGAAUUUCCUGAAUUUUUCUCCCUGCUGCAGGACUUGGAACCAGAUUUUCUCCAUUUGCAAGAAGGUCAUGAAGAAAUAGUGUCCUCCUCCUCGUCCCAAAAUGGUGCUAGUACAACUACAGCUUCAAGUGGUAUUAAGUCUGGCUCUACUUCUAACCAAGACUGCGGCCCGUCGGGUUCCGUGGCCGCCAAGAAUCUUCGAAAACUGCAAGGUGCGUUCCUUCCAGGCGGCUCCAGCGGCACGGACACCUCCAACGGUGUGGGGGGCGCAAGUCGGUCCGUCUCUUCCUCCGUUUUUCCGCGGGAAACGUACGAGCAGGCGAUGCGGAUGUUGAAGCUAUCGCAGGAAAAAGGUGUUACAGUUACGCAUUUGUUGGAGUUUCUGCAUCACAAAGUUGCUCGACAUGGGAACGAAAACCUGUGAUGCGCACACUAUAAGGGAAAACACGAAUGAAAUCAUGAGGUUGGCAAGCAUUUCCUGCAUGACAGAGGUUGUUUGUCUUGCUUGUCUCCCAUCAGAGUUUGUAGCUGUGACAUGUUUUUCUCACGAUAGAAGCAGUCCGACGACGAGUUCGUCAAUGAUGCGAUCCGCAAAAAGCUGCACCAGCACGCCAUGACCAUCGUCGAGGACGACAUUUCCACCGGGGCGCACGACAUUGGAUACGGAAAGCUCACGUUGUCCGACCUGCGGGACGCCAUCUAUCGCUACGACGACCAGUGGCAGACCCUCCGCCUCGGGACGAGCAACUGCGACCCGGCCGGCGGCAGCUGGAACGCGAGCUUCGUGCUGUUCGUAGAAGACCGGAACCCGCGGCAGUGCUACGGCGCCGUGGCCUACAUGGUGUCGAUUUUGGGCAUGAAAAAACUCCUGAACACCUUCCUGGUGUCCGUCCACGAACCGCACUCGGCCGAGUAUGGCGUUCUCAAACGUUACAUUCUCAACUGUUACAGGGAUUUGUAAUGCAAGAACAGCAAUAAUGGAUAUGGAAGUGGCAUUAUUGCAGCUUUCGCAUCACAGAUUUUCCACAGAUUUAGAUGCUGUUUAGCCCUUCGAAAAUUUGUCAUGCUACCCACCUUGAUCAAGUGGAGGCUGAUGGCAAUUUUGCAUGACAAAUCCGUGUAACAGUUGAGAAUGUAACAGUUGAGAAUGCCACACCGAGGGACACACACUGCAGUACGGGCACUUCGAGCCGAAAUUUGACCUGACCAGGUUCACCGGAAAGUACCCCGUGGCGGACCUACUCAUGUUUUCCAACGAGAACGCGUGGCGCACGCAAACCGCCUUUCUGUUCGAGUCGGUCGUCGAGCCGGAUCCGGUGCUCAAGCACGGGCACGUCAAAAAAGACCGCGAGGAGGCCUUGAUUCUCGACGGAAUCAUGAACAGCUACCGGGCGAGAGAGCAGGGGAUCGACAUGAGGCUGAACGUUUGGAAAUAGGUGGCUACACUUUGGUUGUCUACAACGGGAAGAAGUCAUUUUUCAGGGUACAAGUAGUUGAAGUUACAGUUAAGCCACUUGGGUAUUUCAAAGCACGUUCUUUUUUUCAAACGAUCACUUUUAUCAAAAAUCUACACUCACUACAGUGCUGUCCUGUCCUCGUAGUUUGCGAUGUGUAAUUUUCUCCAUCACUUUUUAAAACUGAAUCUACGCAUCAGCUGCAUCUGCAUCAAAGGCACAUCGUGGUUGGUUGCAUCAGCGCAAAAUGCAGUUUAAUACUCACUCAAGCAAAAGACUUGUCAUGAACGUGCUGUAUCUAUUUUCCGCCGCCGCAUCGGCAGCAACUUGGAUUUACCUCGCGAAACUGCAUUUCUCUCAAUUUUGCAUUUUAUGAUGAGGUAGCAAAAAAAAAGGCAGCGCUCUUCGACACCAGCUGCGGCUUUUGCAU